AAAAACUUUUUUAAUUAAUGUUGGAAUAAUGAUUUGGAUAUAGUUAUUUUAAUAUAAUUUUAGUAAUUUUAAUGGAAAUUUAUCAAUAAUGUUUUGAGUAUAAUGAUAAUAUUUUAAGAAUAAGUAUUUUAAAGUGAAAAUACGAUAAUUUUAAUUGAAAACAUGAUAAUUCAAAUAAGUUUUAACGAUUCUAAAAAAUCUAACGAUUAAAUUUGAAGAAUAUGUCAGGGAGUUAUUAUCGGAGUCGUUCCCGUAGUCCCCAAAGGGACCGAAGAUACCGGCAUAAAUACCCUGAAUACCAUGAUAAUAAGUCUUUCACUAAAGAUAACAACUAUAAACAUUAUAAUUCAUAUAGUAAGGAUGAGUACAGCGGUCGUGAUUUUGAAGGUAGCCGGCGCAGUAGAGGCCAAUCUCAGUACGACAGGCCUAAGAGAUUUCGCUCCUCUAGCUAUCCCACUAGUAAUCCAAAUGAUAUUCCAACUCCACCAGAACCCAUUUACGAUCUCAAACCACCUGAACCAAUACUCAAUCCGAAUCCUCCAGAUCCUCAUGAACAAAUAUAUAGACAACAUUCACCUGACCCAAGUCAAAUUCUCACACUGGGGCCUAAACAUUUUAAAGAAAGCGAUGAUCAUACAACUGAUGUAAUUUCUACAUCAAGGGAUGAUAUUAAGUCUGAAACAGUUGAAAAGAAUUCAGAAGACAAUCCUGAUGAAUGGAAUGGAUUUCCAGUACCGAAGUUUUACAAAGGGCUUAGAAAGUUUUUUGAUCCUGUCUCAAGAGCUGGAACAGAGUUCCCACCAAGCCUUUAUUUCCCAGUUGAUGGACCAAAGAUUCGUAGAUACAAAGCCUACAAAUGUUAUACCGAUCCAUUAAACAGGUCUAUUGAUGCUACUGAGUUGUCAAAUGACUUGACAGCAACAAUGUCACGAGAGUUCGAAUAUUUGAAAAAUAAAUUAGAGACUGCUCAAAUAAAUGUACAAAUUGCUUCAUUAAUGCCUUAAUCUUUUACAACACCGUUA